AUUACUAUUACACCCACUAAGCAUUAUUUUACCCUGCAAGUGAAAACAGUUGAAAUAAGAUGUAUUGCAAUUGGGGGUUGAAAGAGUAGAAAUAAGAUGUAAAGCAAGAGACUUUGAUGAUUCUCUGACCAAUUGGUCUUAGGCAUAUACCGUCAUCAGAAGAAAGCAAGUGACCCACUUGUAAGAAGAAAUGACUGAAAAUUGGUUUAGCGUGAGGUGAAAGCGUUGUCGUUGCCAUAUACUUGGACCAAAAAUUCCAAACAAAUUGUGGUUAGUGCUGAGUAAUAAGAGAAACAUAAGGAAAUGAAACCCAAGUAGUGAAUUUUAUCGUCCUAUAAUCACUCUCGGCCAACCAAAAAGCUCUAUUCUUCUUUCACUUGAACGGGGUCUUCAAUUCAACGUGGUUCCACAUGUUACUCAUAUUCACUCUCCCUCUGCCACAUACGUAUAAAAUAUAUAUAUAAAUGCAUGCAUGGCUUUUCUUAAAAUAAACCCAUUUAACCAAAACAAAUAGUUACAGAGACUAGGAAAAAUCGGCCAUAGAAAGAAAUGCAUCAUUUAGUUGUGAAACGCAAUGUUUUCGAGUCAGAUUCGGACUCAAACCCGAACAAGCUUAAGCUCAGCUAUGGCAGCAGCAAUGACCGGCCUCUUUGUCCCAAGCCUCGGCGACCUGUUGGACCUGCCAUUCCCGACUUCCUCAAGCCUCAUAGAUGUUCCAAUCACAGCCAAUCUAGUAGCGAUGGAAGAAGCGGAAUCUUGAAUUUGAUCGAAGACAAGAAUGGUGUAGUUGAGAGAAGGGAAUGUAUAUGCAGCGGUUGCUCAUCGGCAGUUCCGGCAUGUUAUUCGGGUUCACCACCGGGUCGAACCGAUAACCCGUUGGUUCACGACGUUCAAUUUACGCAGUACCAGAUGGAGCUUCUCUCGCCAUUGACGCGAACCAACCUCUCUGAUAGAUUUGGCUUCACCAACUCUACCUCACCUCUUUGAGAGUCUCAAAAACGACGUCGUUGGCACCUCAUUUCAUCUUUUAAAAAAAUUACAAAUUAAGUGUAGAUAUAAUAUUAGGAUUUUUUAUUUUUUUAUUUUUUAACGUUGAGUUUUGCUGUAACAGGGUUUAAGCAACAAGAGUUUAUCAAUAAAAUUGUUUCGGAAUUUUUCUUAAAUUAUUAUAUCUAAUUAAUUAUGUGAAGAAACACUAUAUAAAUUAAUU